AUGCUGAACGUGCCGCCGCAGGCCUUCCCCGCGCCCAGCUCCCAGCAGCGGGUGGCUGCGGGCGGCCGCGCCAAGGUACCUUUAAAACCAGGAAGGAGUCUUAUGGAUUGGAUUCGACUAACUAAAAGUGGGAAGGACUUGACUGGUUUAAAAGGGAGGCUAAUUGAAGUGACCGAAGAUGAGCUUGCUAAACACAACAAAAAGGAGGACUGCUGGAUAUGUAUAAGAGGAUUUGUAUAUAAUGUCACACCAUACAUGGAAUAUCAUCCCGGUGGUGAGGAUGAACUGAUGAAAGCAGCAGGCACUGAUGGUACAGAUCUCUUUGAUCAGGUUCAUCGUUGGGUCAAUUAUGAAUCAAUGCUGAAGGAAUGUCUUGUUGGGAGAAUGGCUGUCAAGCCUAUUGCUGCUCCAAAAGAGAUUUCUUCUACUCGGUCUGAAGAGAAGAAACAGCUUAAUGGUAUGCUUCCUGAGAAGAAAGUACUAGGUGCUUCUGCUAAAGAUUUAACUCCAAGUUAUGACUGGUUCCAAACAGAUAGUUUGAUCACCAUUGUCAUAUAUACUAAGCAGAAGGAUAUGAAUGCAGAGCUGGUGAUAGUUGACUGUCAAGACAAACGAUUAAGGGGAGAGAUCAUUGUGGAUGACCACUCAUAUCUUGUAGAAGUUGACUUGGAUCAUGCAGUUCAAGAAGACAUGGCUGUAAAUAUUGCUGAAAAAGUUGGGAAAGUAGAUAUUAUCUUAAAGAAAAAGGAUAACAUUCAUUGGAAAAUGCUGGGACAGCCCUUGGAGAGUCAUAGUACAUUUAUCAAACGCAUGGACAGAGGACUGUUCUACAGAAAAUGCAAGUUGGUUUCUAAGACGGAAGUUACCCACGACACCAAGCUCUUGUGCUUAAUGUUGCCUAAGAGCACACAUCUCUGUGUUCCCACUGGACAACAUGUUUACCUCAAACAAAUCAUUGCAGGGACAGAGGUAGUAAAACCAUACACACCUGUAUUGCCUUUUUUGCCACUGGAUUUCAAAGAACCAUCUCGCCAUGAUGGUGCACAUAUAUAUUUAAUGAUUAAAAUUUAUUCCUCUGGACUGUUCACACAGGCACUUGACCACCUACAAAUUGGAGACUAUAUUUCUGUCAGCAAUCCUGAAGGUAACUUCAAGAAGUCACAGGUUCAAACUUCAGAAGAUCUCUUUUUAUUGGCAGCAGGCACAGGCUUCACACCAAUGGUUAAACUGCUGAAUUUUGCUCUGACUGAAGUUACUUGCCUCCGGACAGUGAGGCUGAUCUUCUUCAACAAAACAGAAGAUGACAUGCUUUGGAGAAACCAACUAGAGCAAUUAGCUCUUAAAGAUGAAAGGUUUGAGGUUCAAUUCAUUCUUUCACAGCCAACAAAGGACUGGGUGGGUAAACAGGGGAAGAUUUCUUCAUCUCUUCUGUCUGAGUUUGUGAACAGAAGCAGAAAAGACUCCAAAGUGCUUAUCUGCAUCUGUGGUCCAACACCUUUUACAGAACAAGGAGUACAAUAUCUGAAGGAUCUUGGAUACUCCCAAGAAGAGAUACAUGCUUUUACUGCAUAAAUCCAUAUGAGGAUAUCAAUGUUUGUUUGUAUAAUUCAGUCUUAUUUAUUUAUCUUCAUGAAUUUAAAUAAGUGAGAAGCAAUUUUGUAAGACUUGAAAUUUCACUCUUGGUACCAAACUGUUUCUUGGAAGAAAUGUAUCUUUGAAAAAAUUUUAUACUGUGUUUUAUCUUGUUUUUGUAAAUAUUUUUGCUAAUACUUAAGUCAUCCAGGGUAUUAAUUUAUUGUAGAGGCAAGCAAAAAUGUAUACAUUAUGUAAGAUAUUUCAUGUUGUUCGUUCAUGAGAAUUCUUAAGUUUAUGACAAGCACUGGUUUAGGUUUUGACUUGAAAAAGCUUAUUAUUUGUUACUGUAAAAAGUCUUAAGAGCAAUACUAUCUGAAAUUAAAUAUUGCACUGUAACUCAGGUAACCGGUCAUUGAAAAAUACUCUUUUUCAUCUGAUACCUCUAUUUGACUUGCAAGUGAUCCAGAUAGAUUUUUGGCUUUGUAAACAACGAAUAAAAGUACCUUUGGUAAAUAUAAAAUUUACAUCAAAUAAUAAAAAAAUAAU